UCCUCGUCGGCCGAGUCGGCCGUGAUCUCUGAAAGUUUAAUUUUGGUUAGAGAUACCUUGAUCGAGAUUCAACUCUGUAGUGCAGCCACAGCCAAUAAGCUUAAUUUAGGUAAAACAAAGAAGUUUCGUCCAAGUCUACCCUGUGAUCGCCAAAGAACAAAGGUGGUAAGUGAAGCUAAACGAAGUCUCGAAGGGAUUUCUUUGAAGAUAGAGUUCCUUUCUAGACCUGUUGAUAGAGACGUAGACGACAUGUGGGAACUUCAUCACGAACUAUUUGUAACGGUCUACUUUGCUUUGUUUCUCUCUUUGAUAUCAGCUGACUGUGUUGAUCUGGAUCUGGGAAUGGAAAAUGGAGCAAUUCCUGACAGUGAAAUAACAGCUUCAUCUGAACUGAGUGCAGACACAUUAGACAAGAAUGGUCGACUGAACUACAUAUCAGGAUCAUCAUGGUGUGCAGGAACAAGUGACACUAACCCAUAUCUACAGAUUGAUCUACAGACACUUCAUGUCAUCUGUGCUGUGUCUACUCAAGGAAAUUCUCAAGCAGAUCAGUGGGUGAAGAACUACACUCUACAAUUAUCUACAGAUGAGAAAACUUGGACAGAAUACAAGGAAGCUGGAAAAGUCAAGACCUUUCAGGGAAAUAAUGACAGAUCCUCAGUGGUAAAAACUGUUCUUUAUGAAAGUCUGGGAGCACGCUACCUACGAAUCUUGCCAAAUGCAUACCAUGGUGCUAGCUGUAUCAGAAUGGAGGUAUUCGGUGUGAAGCUAAAACCAGUGAAUGUUGCUCUUGGGAAGGCCACCCUUCAGUCUUCAACAUUUAACAAUACUCAGUUGGGUGUGUCAGGUGUGUCAGAGAAAGCGGUGGAUAGUAAUUCUGAUACUGAAUUUAGAAAUGGAAGCUGUACACAUACUCAAAAAGACAAUCCAAGCUGGUGGAGAGUUGACCUGGGCUCAGAUAAGGAGGCAGUCUCUGACAUAUUCAUAGUCAACAGAUUUUCAACAUUGACUGUUCCAAUGGCCAGAAGUGAAAACUAUAAAAUUACAUUUGGUGAGAAGCACUAUACGUGAUACCUUUCAUGUAAUAAAGAUGAGAUAAGCUGAGGAUAAAAGGAACAAUAAGAGUAUUAAACUAUGGCAUUUCCAGUGUGCAAGGUUGGAAAACCAUAGUAAUAAGCAGAAUUUUGUCAUACACAAGUAUGUACAUGUAUUUGAAUUUUGAGAAAAUGUUUUAGAGGGAGUUAUGUUGCUUUUUUAGUUUGAUGUUUUUGUUGCUGCUUUAUUGAGA